AUGCCGGAUGCCAUUGAUCUUCAAGGUCUGAGUCCGCUAGAUCAUGUCCCCGCAAAGCUCUUUCUGCCGUAUAUUCUACUCUUCGACACAACUGACCCUAAAACCGCCGUCUGCUCCCUCCAGAAGGGCAUAAAUAAACUAAUCUCCCAAUUGCCUUGGCUCGCUGGAGAUGUAAUUUUCCACAGUGUGCCCGAAGGGCCCAAGAAUCGAAUGCACAUCGCGCCCCCACGGAGGUCGCCCUCUGAGAUCCCCAUGCUGCAGGUCAAGCACAUUGACCGCGAUGAACAUUUUCGCGCACUCCCAAUUCAUACCUAUCUCCCUCUGCCAACGUUCAUUCCAGCCUCCGAACAGAGACCUGUACUUCGAUUUCAGGCCAAUGUCUUUCCCAGCAAGAUUGUUCUGGCCAUGUCCUUCUGGCAUAGCGUCUUCGACGGCACCGGGGCUGGCGUCAUCCUCGAAGCGAUUGCCGAGUGCUGCACGGCGGCCAACGAUGAUUCCCCUUCUCCCAUCGUUCAGAAAAUCGCAAAGACCCAUACUGAGCUCCGAAAGAAGGUCUCAGCCUUCCCAUCCAAAUGCCAGCUGCGUCUCGACCACACCGUGGAGCUAGGGGCACCUGUUUUCGACCCAAAGAUUUCCACCGAGCAGUGGAAUGUAAUUGAAUCAGCCGCGGCCUCCGCGGUUGAGACAAAGCGAUACACAUUCAGCCCGGAGAAAGUAGCCCAAGUGAAAGAGACCUGCACUCGACUUCUCCCCCAGGUACAGCCCUUCCCCGCGUGGAUCUCGAGCAACGACAUCAUCACUGCAACGCUGAUCAUCUGCAUCGAUCGAACCUUUCACCCAGAAAGGUUGGACAAAACCGGAUCUGCAGACUUCUUGAUGGCUGUUGAUUUGCGCAGCCGCAUCCAGCCCCCGCUGCCAGAGACCUAUUUGGGUAACUUGAUUUUCCCCGUCCACGACGAAAUUUACUUUAAAGAGACAGCAGGCCAAACAGGCGAGGAGGCAGACUCGCUCCACCUAGCUCAGCUGGCACUACGUAUUCGCAGCAGGCUCACCUCCAUGGACGAGACUGUCGCGUACAGCGCGUCCGCCGCCGUCGCAGAGUAUGACGACUGGACCAAGAUCGAAGCGAACCCUGCGAAUAUAAUUGUGACCAGCUGGCGGGGCCUGAAGACCUUUUCGCUGGAUUUCGGCGCUGGGCUAGGCUACAUUAAAGAUUUUGAGCCGGGGCUUGCGCUUGUUCCAGGUGCGUGUAUCUUUUUGCCAUCGCGGAUGUUGCAAGAGAAUAGUGGGUCGACUCCGCCGUGGGAGGUGUGUAUCACGAUGAAAAAGGGGGAUAGCCAGGUGCUUGGUCAGGAUCUACUUUUCUCUCAAAUCCUGGCGUAA